AUGAAAAUAUUCGUUUUGAAAUAUGAAACACUUGUUGGCGAACGUGGUGUACAGUUGAGUGGUGGAGAAAAACAACGUAUUGCAUUAGCUCGUGCUCUUGUAAGACACCCUACGAUCCUUUUAUUAGAUGAAGCAACAAGUGCACUUGAUAAUGUAAACGAAAAAAUUGUUCAAGAAGCGCUCAAUCGAGCAUGUAGAGGUCGUACAACUAUUGUUAUUGCUCAUCGUUUGACUACAAUUCAAAAUGCUGAUCAAAUAUAUGUAUUAGAUAAUGGAAGUGUGAUUGAGCAAGGUACACAUGAAACAUUAAUGGCAAAGCGAAGAGGCAAAUACCAAGCAAUGGUGAAACGUCAACAAAUAGAAAAAAUCAAUGAUGAUAAAGAUGGUAUGAUGACCAUGCAACAAACAAAAGAAGAAGAUGACAUAUCAAUAAGUAUAUUUAUAGUAUCAUGUUAA